CAGAGAGAGAGAUUCAGUUUAGAGCAGCUCAAGACAAGAACAUGGACACAUCCGUGGCUGAUGGAGGCAGAGCUGAAGGUGUGUGCGAGACAGCGAACAGUAAGACAGAUCUGCAGGAGCUCCUCAGACAGGAGAUGGAGAUGCAUAUUACUGAAGGCAGGACCAGCAUUCAGAGGAAUCAAGAGAGAAUGAACCGAAUCAGACAACUGAAAGAGGAGAUCAGAUUACAGGAGACACACAGAGAAUCCAACCAAUCACACGCCACUAGCAUGGGGGUUCAUGAGAAACUCCUGGAGCGCAGAACGAGACUGAGAGAGACUCACGAGAGACUGAUCGAGGAUGAACUGAUGAAGAUGGAGAGAGAACUACAAGAGGAGCAGGUGAGUGGUGUAGGUGUAGAGGGGGAGAUGUCGUACCUGCGCAGAGAGAGACACAUCCUGGUUCUUCAGAUCGAGGCGCUGCGCAGGGAGAACCAGCAAGCGUAUGUGGACCUGGAGGAGCAGAACCAACACCACCAGCAGGAGGUCCAUGAGCUCAGAGAGGAGAGUCUACAGGUGUUCAGGGCGUUUCGGGAGGUCCUGGAGGAGCAGAGGAGGACGUCCGAGAGCAGGUACAGGGCUCUUCUCAUAGACACCAUCCAGGACGCGGUUCACCUGUCCGCACAAAACCUGCAGCUCCAAGAGGAAGUUCAGCAGCUCCGGAAAACUCAGACCCCCCCUCAAUGACACCGCUGAUACAACAGGGUUUCCCAACAAGUAACUGUAAAUGCUCGUAUCAAGCUUUUUUAGAAAUUAUAAAUGGAGAUCAUU